GUCUCAUCAUCCCAUGUCCCGCUAAUUUUUUACUCCCAAUAGUUUUAAAUUACAAGAUCAAACUACUCUAUGAAUACGUUUGUGUAAGAAAAUCAUUUCUCAUUUACACACGCUUAGGUUCUAUAGGCCAAUAACAUUGUUUCAGUAAAUAUUGAUUACACAUUUUGAUGACACCUUUUGUUUCAAAACUAAAGCCAGAUAUUUUGAAAUGUUAAGGCUUCGACAAGAAACUAUUUGGACUAAAUGGGACAUCGUGGUGAAUAUGGCGUUCUACUGAUUCUGGCGACGCUUACGAUCUGCCCGACACAGGGCAUUGAAUACGUGAAUAAAAGUAAAGAUGUGAUUCUAGUGAAUGGCGAGUCACAUUCUGUCACUUGCGACAUAAAUCUGUUUGAUCUUGAUGAGAAAAUCGAAUACGCGGAAUCGACUCUAGUUCUUCUGCGCAAGUUAGAUCUCUCCGCUGUUGAGGAAUCGAUGGCAGAGAUGAACAUGAGCAGGAACGAUACUGAGAACGGCCAUCAGAUUUACAUAGGUGACAAGUGGAACUAUACCUUUAAUUAUGAGAAUCUGAUGAUAGCCAGCACAGAAAGUGUUGACUGCGCUGACUCGGGACUGUACGUGUGUAUGGUUUACCACCGCACAGUGUUCACGGCCUCAAAACCAAACUCUUCCUACUACCUAAAAGUUACAGCAAGGCCUUUAAUCACCAGCAUGAUUCUGAUGAAUGGCAUUCUGAGAAAAGGAAGAUCGUUUAAAUACUAUAACAAGUUAUUAUGCACAGCAGAGGGAGGAGCCGAGUCCAGUCUGUCCUGGUUUACGAUGUGCUACACACACGGUGCUAAAGAAAUCGUGCAGGGUCAAGUCAAGACAGUGAAAACAUCCACUGAAAUUACCAGAAAUGUCCCGUUGAAUUGUAAGCGGACCUACUUCAGCUCGACGUUCUCUGAUAUGUAUCCGGACACGACCAAAGUGUGCAACAUUACUUGCUGCGUUCACACCACUAUGAGCAACUUCUCCAAUCUGGAUCUACACGACAGCGAGUGUAAACACAAGCUGAUUCAAGAAUUAAAAGUAAGUUCCGCCAGACUAGAUCUAAGCGGUAAAAUGCUUUGGUUCGAUGCUUUCUUGGUCUCCAUGGUGGUUGGUGCAGCUGUGUUUGGGACUAUUACAAUUUCAGUGUUGGUCUUAAAGUUUGGUGAUUCAGAAAGGAAAAUUCGAUUUAAGAAUUGGAAAGAUGAAUUGUUGGCUCAGCAGAGAUUAAAACAGAAGAAGAGUAUCCAGAAAUGGUUGGCGAAAAACAGGCGCCACAGAAAUAUCGUUAGAGUUGCCCAGCAUUUAGAAUAGUAGCGAAUACAUUAAACAUGUAUAUUAUCUGUUAUUCUGGCAAAAUAGAUUUCAGCUAUAGCCUAUAUUGAUAUAAUCUAAUAUACUUUCGUUGUAGGCCUAUAAGUAAAAAGGCGAAAGAAUAAUGUACAUAUCAUUAUAAUAGUAUUAUCAGGGGCGUCUACUGUGAAUUUUUUAAGCCUUCGAUAGAAUAAAGAAAAGAAGUCAAGAAAUUAUUAAAAACUGAAAUGUAUGAGUACACUGCCAGAGCUAUCACGCAAUAGGUGUUUAAAAUGAGUCACUUACAUUUAAUAGUAUAUGUUUAUUAUUUAUAAUUUAAUCAGGGUUUUUUUUAUGUCAAGUCACCCCUUGGUGCACUUUGGUAGCCAUUGGCGAUUUAGUUAGGCCCGGGAGGGAGGCGAUUUUUUUUUUGAAAUACUACAUCUCCCGACCGACUCUAUCCUCCCAUAGUUAGUGGGGGGGGGAGUGAGCAGGCCAUUUUUUUUUUGUGAAGAUAUCACACACUUUAUGAAAAUAUUAGUUAUUACCAACUUAAACUAUUUAUUGAUAUUUAACUCAUUCGUGUAUUAUGUAACCCCUCAAACUAAUUCAACCACAAUAUAUAAUGAAAGAGGGUGGACGGUACCCAGGGGUAGGGGGGGGGGGUAUGGAUUGUCCACCCCUCCCCCGACAGACAGCGAAGGACGUAUUUUAGUGGAGCAAUGACACAACUGGGGGGGGGGGGGGUUCUAGAACAUUGGCAAAUAUCAAUUAUAUGCUACACAUGCUACCUAUUGCAAACUUAUGUAAGCUCCCCUCAACUGGCUUUUAGAACAGGAUUGUCAAAUAUGGCGACAAUGGUUAUGUAAUUCCAAAGGUUCUAAAAUUUUUAUACUCUGACAAGAACUUGUUUAUGAAAAUUUAGAAGUCAGAAGAUACAUUUAAGCAUAAGUGGAAUAAACGAGAUAGGAUUUGAACCCAAAUAAUUUUUUUCUUAGUCGCCUUUUCCAAACCUUUAUUCAAUCACAGAUUUUGUCUAUUGUAUAAGUAAGUUUGGACAUAUAAGUCCUAUUAAUUGUAUGUAGGAAUUAAUUAAUACUUAAUCCCUAUCCCCCGUUUUUUUUUAUAAUCCCUAAUUGUUUUUUUUUUAGAACUUUCCAAACUAAAUAUAGUUAAAUAACAAAACGAGAUUUCAAACUCAUGAAACACGUAUUGAACGAAAUUAAUUAAUUAAUAUGAACAUUAUUUUCAAUUACUUUUCUGAGACAUUUUUUUUUCGAUUCGACGCCCAAAUCCUCCUAAAAUUAGAUCCACUUUUCUUAGUCUGUUGGGCGUGACUUGUUGUCAAGGCAGGAUCGUGGGUUGGGGGGGGGGGGAGAUAUUUAAAAGUAAUUUUUUUUUAGGAAUAAAAAAUCAGCUGCAUUAUCAUUGUAGUUAUACACUCACAUUUUAAUAUGUAUCUGCCAAACUAUUCUAUACGCUCGUUAAAACGAUCAGAUUUUUAAAAAAUAUUACUUUUGGAUAGCGCAACUUUGUUGCUUUAAGCAUAGGCUACUCAAUGCACUCGUGUCCAAUCUCUUUUGUGCGCUCGUAUCCGCGUGCAACUGAGUUGAUUGCUAAUUGAGUUGAGUGGCUCGAACGUAAUUUUUGUUUUCGGUCGGAGGUCGAGCAUUGUCGUUCUAAAUUGUCAUUUAACCUUUAACCCCUUUUGAUGUUUUCUGUAUGUUAUUUUGCUUAUACUCAAGAAUUUGAGGGUUAAUGGGAAUGGGGUUAGGGUUGUGGAAAAAAAAUGAAGCUCUGGGUCCGCCAGUGAAACUGCGCAGCCGCAUAGAGCCUCUCCAUAAAAAGAGGCCGCCACAUUUUAAAAUAUUUAAUUUUGAAAAGGUUUGCAAGAAUACAUAUUAAAUGAGAGAAAAAGACGGGAAUGAGAUUUCAUUUGCAAGGACUCCAUUUCUUUCCUCACAAUUUAGGCUUCCUAUCAAUAAUGUUCAUGGCCUUUAUAUUGAAGCUUUAGGCGGGUAGGUGCCUCCACAAAAGUCCUGCCCAGGAUCUCCCCUUUCGAAAAUCGGGCAAUGUGCGUGUGGGUCGUGGAAUCAGGGCCGAAUUGAGACUGGAUAAAGCCCUAAGUUAUUAAAGAUACCUGGGCGGGGGGGGGGGG